AUGACUUCUCACCGGCCAUACCCAGCAGAUGACUUCGGUAUCUACCGUGUCCUUUCAGAGUGUGCAGACCAUGCCUGCCUUCAGGAGUCUGAGAGCCAGCCACACUUGCAGGGCGUGACAGGACUGCGGAACCUGGGCAACACCUGCUACAUGAACGCCAUCUUGCAAUGCCUCUGCAGCAUAUCUCCACUGGUGGAGUACUUCCUCUCGGGAAAGUACGUCACAGCUCUUCAGAAGGAUUGCAGUGAGGUCACCACGGCUUUUGCCUACCUGAUGACAGAUAUGUGGCUUGGGGACUCAGACUGUGUCUCACCAGAGAUAUUUCUGUCAGCUCUUGGCAGCCUUUACCCAGUUUUUCUGAAAAAGACACAGCAAGAUGCACAGGAGUUCCUGAUUUACGUCCUCAAUGAACUUCAUGAAGCUUUGAAAAAGCACUGCGGCAGAAGAGCAUACGAGAAGAGAUCUGCUUCAAGAUCCUGCAGGAAGGUGGUGGCCAGUGAGACGUCAAUCAUCACGCGGCUCUUUGAAGGACAGCUCAACUACCGCAUCACGUGUUUAAAGUGUGAGACCUGCACCAACAAGAAUGAAGUUUUCACCGUCCUCUCCCUCCCCAUCCCAUCUGAAUAUGAAUGCUCACUUCAGGACUGUCUCCAGUGUUUUUUCCAACAAGACACCUUGACCUGGAACAACCAAAUCCAUUGCUCCUUUUGUGAAAUCAAGCAAGAAACAGCUGUGAGGGCCACCAUUUCCAAGUCACCAAAAAUAAUUGUUUUUCACCUAAAAAGGUUUGACAUCCAGGGUAAGAUAAAGCGGAAGCUGAAAACAGAAAUCCUUUACCCACUCACCAACUUGGACCUCACUCCUUACAUCUGUCCAAUUUUCCGGAAACAUCCGAAGUACAACCUCUGUGCGGUGGUGAACCACUUUGGCGAUCUGGACGGUGGACACUACACUGCCUUCUGCAAGAACUCAGUGACUCAGGCCUGGUAUAGCUUUGAUGACACCCGAGUCAGUGAGAUCCCAGACACUUCAGUUCAAACAGCUACAGCCUAUCUUCUGUUCUAUAGCUGCCAGCCCUUUUCUAUGCCGACACAGAAGCGCAGGAGUUAG